ACCCAAAAAAUGGGAGAUAAAGCAAUUCUAACAGAAGUUCUUGAAGCGUCAAAUCUCACUGAAGCAUAUGUGGAUUUAACGGCCAAACAGUUGAUAAAAGAAAUUCGUCAUGUCGGAGAUGAUUUUGCAGUUCGAUACUCAAACCUCGAUGAUCGUACUGAACUUGGAGAACCUACAGAUCAGAGAUCACCAGAUAGUGAAAAGACGUUUACAGUUGAUGAAGCUGUUGAAGCAUUGGGAUUUGGAAGAUUUCAGCUGAAACUGUCAAUUUUGACAGGAAUGGCAUGGAUGGCCGACGCAAUGGAAAUGAUGUUAUUAUCAUUGAUUUCUCCAGCUCUGGCAUGUGAAUGGGGAAUAUCGUCAGUGCAACAGGCUCUUGUGACGACGUGCGUGUUCAGUGGAAUGAUGUUGUCAAGUACAUUUUGGGGAAAAAUAUGUGAUCGAUUUGGUCGACGAAAAGGACUAACAUUUUCAACACUAGUUGCUUGUAUCAUGGGUGUCAUUUCUGGAAUGUCACCUCAUUUUUACGUUCUUCUAUUUUUCCGUGGACUUACUGGAUUUGGUAUCGGAGGUGUACCCCAGUCUGUCACUUUAUACGCUGAGUUUCUUCCAACUGCUCAACGUGCCAAAUGUGUAGUUUUGAUAGAAUCAUUUUGGGCUAUCGGAGCAGUUUUCGAAGCUCUUCUUGCUUAUUUUGUGAUGGAAUCAUUUGGUUGGAGAGCUCUUAUGUUCCUUUCUUCACUACCUCUUGGAAUUUUUGCAGUGGCUUCUUUUUGGCUCCCAGAAUCUGCUCGUUUUGACAUGGCUUCUGGACAUCCCGAACGAGCUCUAGAAACACUUCAAGCAGCAGCGAGAAUGAAUAGAGUACAGUUGCCAACUGGAAGAUUAGUGUCUUCAACAAAAGCUGGAUCAGAAAGUAGAGGAGAUAUUGCUAAUUUGUUAUCUCCUGACUUGAGAAAAACAACUAUUUUAUUAUGGUGCAUUUGGGCUAUUACCGCAUUCUCGUACUACGGUAUGGUUCUCUUCACAACAGUUUUGUUUCAAUCACACGAUGAAUGUCAUGGUGGAUUGUUCUCUAAUGGAACUCAAAUGGAAGUAUGCCAACCAUUGACAAGAUCUGAUUAUUUUGAUUUAUUAUCAACUACACUUGCCGAAUUCCCUGGAUUGAUAAUCACUGUAUUGAUAAUUGAAUGGUUUGGAAGAAAGAAGACAAUGGCAUUGGAAUAUGCAGUUUUUGCAAUUUUCACUUUCUUGUUAUACUUUUGCUUGGAUCGUUUCACUGUCACUGUGCUCAUUUUUGUGGCACGUGCCUUCAUUUCUGGUGCCUUCCAAUGUGCAUACGUCUACACACCGGAAGUUUAUCCUACAACAUUGAGAGCCGUUGGACUGGGAACGUGCUCUGCGAUGGCAAGAAUUGGAGCAAUUGUGACUCCAUUUAUCGCUCAGGUUGCGUCGGAGAAAUCUCUAUCCUUACCUAUAGGAAUUUAUGGAACUGCGGCAAUACUUGGAUUGAUAGCUUCUCUAAGUUUACCAAUUGAGACAAAAGGACGUCAAAUGAUGGACUCCCAUUAACACCAUCUCUUUUUUUGAAUGUUUAGCUGGAGAAGCUCACAAAUGAAAAAAAAAAAAAAACUAAAGACGAAACUGGCUAAUUUAUAACAAGUUUAAUUGUAUUUGGCUCACCACACCAUCAACCGCUUCUUCUUGCCCCUAUUUCGUUCUGACCUUGUGCAAUUUCCUCUCAACUUUUCCGUUUUUUUUUCGUUCAUCUCAUUCAACACGCAUUUCUUUCUUUUGUUCUAUACAGCAUCUCGUGUGUACUUUCUGUUACACUUUUGGCAAUUUUUCAUUUUUCUCUUCGGAAUGAAUCAUAUCUUGG